GGGUGAGGGAGGAGGCUAGCGUGGGCGUCGAGCUUCCAGAGCCAUGAGAAGCCAAGCUGUUGGCCUCCUCCUCCCACUCCUGGCAGCGAUCCUGCUGGCCUCAACACCUGCCCCAUUCCCGGCCGCAGACGCCGCUAUCUCUGGCACUCCGCUUUCUCCAGCCGAAUACGAGACCUUCUUCUCAGCGCUGACUCCAUCCUGGAAAGCAAAGACUGCCUGCCGCCUCCGGGCAACCCAGGGCUGCCAGCACCACAAACUUAUUCAGUUGGACCAAUAUGAGAACCACGGCGCCCUGCCCGAGGGCUCUGUCUGCACAGACCUGCCUUAUGCUUCCUGGUUUGAGUCCUUCUGUCAGUUUACCCAGUACCGUUGCUCCAACCGACUCUACUAUGCGAAGAGGAUCUCGUGCUCCCCAUCACCUACACCUCUCUCAUCUCCUGAGAACUUUAUCAAGAUGGACAGCACAACAGUCCCUGCUAGCCUGCCCCGUGUCAUAUCAGCAGAUAGGCUGAACCCUAAAACCUGGUAUGAACAGCUUCACACAGACACAAAACAGCUACUACAGCCCUCCCUCUCCUUGGAAGGGAAGAGGAGGGAGGCUCACACAAGAUCUCCCAAUGGCCCCUCUACCAACCAGAUGAGGGAGGAGGAUGCUAGCUCUGCAGUGCUGGAAGGCAUCAGGGAACUCAUUCAAUCAGCCCAGUCUCUGAGGGGCCAGAAAGUGACCCCCCAAGUUGAUGAAGAGGAUUCUUCUGGAAGAACUUACCCCCACACUGCUCAGAUAUCUUCCUCAAAUCUUCUCUCUGUGCCUGGAGAGGAGGCCCUGUGGGUGUUGUGUUACGCAAUCCUUUCAAGCAGCUGCCCUGAUAACCCAUUGACCAAAAUCUGGCAACAUAUUGAAGAACAGAUUUAUGGCGUCGGGAACAUGGUGUGUGAUAGCUUUGGGCGACGACACAUGGACACUUGCCAAUUUUGUGCAUUCUGCUCCCUGAAGCUAGAGCAAUGCCAGUCAGAGGUACUUCUGAAGCGGGAGCCCUGCAGUGAAACCCAUAAUGCAGAGUUUCUCAGCCCCCUGCUCUCUGGCCAGCAUGUCAUCACAGACGUACAGGUGGGCCCUGUAAUACAGGGCCAGUAUUAUGGCCUGGAGUUGUAUAGGGGGCUUCGCAUGGACUUCUGGUGUGGUCAGCUGGCCACGAAAGGCUGUGAGGACACCUGGGUCUCCAAAUGGCUACAGACUGAGUUCCUCUCUUUCCAGGAUGGAGAUUACCCCUCCAAGAUCUGUGACUCGGACCAUAUUCAGUACCCCAACUACUGUGCUUUUAAAAGCUACCAGUGUCUGCUUCGUAACCAGUCCAAGAAGGUGUUCCGCCUGGGAUGUUUAAAGAAUGAGACAUAUUCAGUACUGAACAUAGCUGAAGGCGAAGAGGCUAUACUGCUCUGGAGCCGGGAGUUUAACAGUGUAACCCUGGGCCAAGGGGGAUGAACUUGGAAACCAAAGAAUAUCAGAGGUUAUGGUCCCUUGGAUCUGCCCCAGUGUUCUUCAUUCUCUAAAUUUUUCCCACACCCAACCCCUUCUCCAGCCUCAUUCCUUCAAAUACACUAUCCCUCUUGGACCCCUUGGAGAGAUCUUAGACCCUCAGGCUGGCCUCAGCCAGUCCAGCCCUCCCAGGCUCUUGUCAUCUGGCCCCUGACCCCACUCUCACAUUGUCCCUGGGAAUGAGGCAACAGAGAAGGACAUUUGCUGUUAUAAUAAGGAAUUCUAGCUGCCUUAUACCUGUACUCCCCAAAAAGGUGCCUGUAAAUAAAGCCUUUAUUUUCAAUCUUGGA